AUGGAGCAGGUUAAUACCACAGAACGCCUUACUCGGCUCAGGGAGCUUAUGAAGAAGUACGAGGUCGACAUCUAUAUUAUCCCUACCGAAGAUAGCCAUGCCUCCGAAUAUAUCGCACCAUGUGACGCCCGGAGAGAAUAUAUCACUGGGUUUUCUGGAUCUGCUGGUUGCGCCGUAAUCACCCACGAGAAAGCUGCCUUGGCAACCGACGGCCGAUAUUUCAACCAGGCUUCCAAACAGCUCGACCAGAACUGGCUCCUGCUGAAGCAAGGUCUACAAGAUGUCCCAACUUGGCAGGAAUGGUCCGCAGAGCAGUCCGAAGGGGGCAAGAUCGUGGGCGUUGAUCCAACUGUAAUAUCUGCACCGGAUGCUCGAAAGUUGGCCGAGAAGAUCAAGAAGCGCGGUGGUCAGGACCUGGUUGCAGUAGACGAUAAUCUUGUGGACAUCAUAUGGGGCAACAACCGGCCGGCGAAUCCCACUGAGCCCGUAAAGAUCUUGCCUCGGAAUUUUGCUGGGAUUGAGGUGAAAGCAAAGCUGGAGGAUCUUCGAAAGGAACUGGAGAAGAAAAAGAGCUCUGGUUUUAUUGUUUCGAUGCUCGAUGAAGUUGCAUGGUUAUUUAAUCUACGAGGCAAUGAUAUCCCUUACAAUCCAGUAUUCUUUUCCUACGCUGCAAUCACUCUUACGACGGCUACGCUCUACGUCAAUUCUUCAAAGCUCAGCAGCGAGUGUAAAAUGUACCUUACAGAAAAUGGAAUUUCUAUGCGGCCAUACCAUAAGGUUUUCGAAGACAUGGAUGUCUUCUGUAAGUCUUUAGAGACACUCAGUGAGGAUGGCAUACCAGAAGCGAAAAUCAAAAAGUUUUUGGUAUCUACCAAGACUUCCUGGGCGCUGAAAAGAGCUCUUGGUGGUGAAGCAAAGGUCGAAGAGGUCCGAAGCCCUAUUGGUGAUGCCAAGGCAGUUAAAAACUUUACAGAACUUGAGGGCAUGAGAGCCUGCCACGUUCGAGACGGAGCUGCUUUGAUCGAGUACUUUGCCUGGCUAGAGCAUCAACUUACAGUCGAGAAGGUGGAGCUUGAUGAAGUCGCUGCUGCCGAUAAGCUGGAGGAACUGCGAUCGAAACAAAAGAAUUUCGUUGGGCUCUCGUUUGAUACCAUCUCGUCGACUGGGGCAAAUGCUGCCGUCAUCCAUUACUCGCCGGAACGGGGUAACUGCUCCACCAUUGAUCCAAAAGCGGUGUACCUGUGUGACUCUGGUGCCCAAUACUUGGAUGGUACAACGGAUACGACCCGCACCUUACAUUUUGACCAACCAACAGAAAUGGAAAGGAAAGCGUAUACAUUGGUGCUGAAGGGAAACAUUGCUCUUGAUGUUGCCGUGUUCCCUAAAGGAACGAGUGGCUUUGCACUUGAUACAUUAGCAAGACAGUUCCUAUGGGAAGAAGGACUGGAUUACCGACAUGGUACAGGUCAUGGUGUAGGAUCAUAUUUGAAUGUCCACGAAGGACCGAUUGGCAUUGGAACGAGAAUUCAGUAUUCCGAGGUUCCUCUUGCCCCUGGUAAUGUUAUAUCAAACGAGCCAGGCUACUACGAGGAUGGCUCGUUUGGCGUCCGCAUCGAAAACAUUAUCAUGGUGAAAGAAGUUGAGACCAAGCACAAAUUUGGAGACAAGCCAUACCUGGGGUUUGAGCACGUUACGAUGGUGCCUUACUGCCGAAAGCUCAUCGAUGAAAGCCUUCUGACUCGAAGAGAGAAACACUGGCUAAAUGAAUACCAUGCGGAAAUCCAUGCCAAGACAAAGGACUAUUUCGAGCCAGGUUCAAUUGCUAUGAAGUACUUGGAACGCGAGAUCGAACCAAUUUGA